GGCUUUUUUUCCAUUAUAUUUAUAUUGCACAACAAUUAUCUGGAAUAUACAUAUGUAGGAUAACAAAUCACAUAAGGCUGUCCUGGUCGAAAGUAUGAUUACGUUACUGCGAUGCCGUCAUUCCAAUGCUUUUUAUUCAUUUGUUUAUUUACGUUUCAAACUAGCUAUCAUUACGACACAUCAAACGAAGUAGAUUAAACAUAUUUAUUUAAAAAAAUAAUUGCGUUGCGUAUGCUUUAUAUUCUUGUGAUUUGCUUGACGUAAUUGUUUAGAAAUUUGAUUUACAUAUGGAAGUUUUAUUUAUCUAAAUCAUAUUAAAAGAACCGACAGUGACUUGUCUCGCUGCCAGUAUCGUUUGAUUGAGUUUUAAAAUCCUCAACAAUGGACAUUGCAGUGCAAUCAAAAUUACAUCAUUUAGGUACCUUUCCGUUAGAUACAACAAAAACACGCUUACAAGUGCAAGGACAGAAGCUAGAUCGUAAACAUGCAUCUUUAAAAUAUUCUGGAAUGAUUGAUGCUCUUCUACAAAUCACUAGACAGGAGGGACUUAAAGCUCUGUAUUCGGGGAUCAGCUCGGCAGUUCUCAGGCAAGCUACUUAUGGGACUAUUAAGUUCGGGACUUACUACUCACUCCAAAAAGCAGCCACCAACAAAUGGGGCACUGAUGAUUUAGUGAUCAUUAAUAUUGUGAGCGCGGCGAUAGCAGGAUCCAUAUCGAGCGCAAUCGCAAAUCCAACUGACGUUGUCAAAGUUCGCAUGCAAGUCACCGGAUUAGAAGCGAACUUAUCCUUAUUUGGCUGCUUCCAGGAAGUAUAUCAACAGGAGGGCGUUCGUGGCCUCUGGAGGGGCGUUGGACCUACCGCACAGAGGGCAGCAAUCAUUGCGGCAGUUGAACUGCCUAUUUAUGAUUUCAGUAAACAAAAACUAAUUAGCGUACUUGGGGACAGCGUUAGUAAUCAUUUCAUAUCAAGCUUCGUAGCAAGUAUGGCGAGUGCUAUAUCUUCUACACCAAUCGAUGUUGUUCGGACAAGAUUAAUGAAUCAGAGAAGAGUGCGUACACCAUGUGGAAUCCUACCUCCUCAUAUUUAUUCUGGCAGUGUGGACUGUUUCGUUCAGACUGUAAAAAAUGAAGGAUUCUUUGCAUUGUAUAAAGGCUUCAUUCCUACAUGGUUCAGAAUGGGUCCCUGGAAUAUUAUUUUUUUUAUCACCUACGAGCAACUUAAGCACCUGAACUUGUAGAAGCAUAUUCAAGUGUGAUCGAGUGAUAAAUUCGGAUACUAGUAAAAUCGGUGUCUUAUCCUAGUGUCACAGUACAAUGAUGUUCUCCUUGGGUCCUAAUGAUGAAGCACCGAACACCCUCAGCUCAUGGAGAUGUAGUACCUUACAAGAAGAAAAUGAUUGGAAUCAAAGUGUAGAUUCCUUUGCAUUGGAAUCCUCAAGUUCCAGUAAUCGUCGUGUUGUUAGAUGGCAUUUACAGUAAAGUAGUACAAAUUAGAUCUGCUCUAAAUAGAUACAACAAAAGUGCCCUAAAAGUGUUAUCACCUAGUAAUGAUAUCUUAUCUCAGAAAGAUCUUAUGGACAAAGAGCAUUUUACAUUACAUUUAUUAUUUAUCAAGUUCUCGAAGUUCCUUUUCAUAUUAACCUGAAUCUAAACUUUCUUUAGUCCAUUAUUUCUUCUUACUUUUACAAAAAUUCGCCCCUACUACCAUAGAUGGACACUAUUUUUGAAACAUCUAAACAUUUUACUUUGCUAAGUGUGAUCAAAUCGAUAUAUCCUUAUCCUUAUGAUGAUGUAUUACAAAUGUCUGUAACAAAGCGUUUAAAAAGAAAACUAGGAUUAUAAGUAUUGUAUGGCCGGGCCUGACUUCUUCUCCUUCCUUUUCUGUUUAAACUUUACAUUUUCCCUAUUAAGAUCUUGACAAUUGCGUAGUAUUAAGGAGUAUUCAAAUGAAUAUAAGUGUGAUUUAGUAACAAAUGAAAAUACUAAUGUGAAAGAUAGUAUAAUUUGAUUUACAAUACAAAUUGAUCACGUAAAAUUGUCCUGUUUUUUUUUUGAGUACUCGAUACCAAUAUUUAAGCACAUAUAGUUAACAAUUAAGAAAAAUGCUCUGUUUUUACAACACCGUACUGAUACCAAACUAGGAUAACAUCUACGUAAUCGCUUUGAUAAAUAGUGAAUUGGUAUUAGCUAAACAGAAAUAAACGUUCAGAUUCCUCAGGCUAUUAGAAUGCUUACUACGAUAGGUUUUCAAUAUAUUGAAUCAAAUGGAA